GUCUAAUGGAUUAAGGCAAAAAAUAUUAGAAACUAUGCACAACCUUUUUCUCUACUCAGUCGUGUUCUCUCUUGGUCUAGUUUCCUUCAUCACAUGUUUUGUAGCCGAGUUCAUGAGAACAAAGAAAGAAGAUAUUCGAUGGGACACAGAGAGGAACUGUUAUAUACCAGGAAGCCAUGCGUUUGGGCUCGGAACAGCUGCUGUUCUUUGCUUCUGUCUUGCUCAGAUCGUUGGAAACAUAGUUGUGUUCCGAAACCACAAGACACGAGUUAAAAGAGAAAAUGGUUACAAGUUUACUGAUCUCACUUUACCCACUGUUCUUUUGCUUCUGUCCUGGUCGAAUUUUGUGGUUGUGGUUUUGAUUCUGAGUACUGCGAUAAGCAUGAGCCGUGCUCAACCUUACGGAGAAGGAUGGUUAGAGGAAGAUUGUUACCUGGUCAAAGACGGUGUCUUUGCAGCUUCAGGCUGUUUAGCCAUCUUUGGACUUGGAGCCUUGAUCAUAUCAGCCACCAAGAUCAAAGUAAACAACAAACAACAACUACUUGUGCAAGUCGUAAUCAAAGACCAAGACCAAGAAAAAUCAAAAUCAGAACAAAAGCAUGACGAUCACCAAACGAACAAGUCAGAAACUGUCAUUUACUUGGUGGAAGAAGCGUCUUCCACUACUGAUGUGAGCAGGAUGUAGAUAAAAAGACGAUAAAGAGGGAUAUUUACGGAUUUUUAACAUUUACAAAGUUGUAUUUAAUUGAUUAAUGUCUUUAUAUUGGGAAUGUUGAAUGGGCUAUAUAUAUAUAUAACUUUCCACCAA